GCCCCCCAGGUGAACGGCACGUGGGGCCUUCCCAGCUUCGUGUGCGACUUCUACAUCGCCAUGGACGUCACUUGCAGCACCUCCUCCAUCUUCAACCUGGUCGCCAUCAGCAUCGACAGGUACAUCGCGGUGACGCAGCCCAUCAAGUACGCCAAGCACCGCAACAGCCGGCGCGUGUGGCUGACGAUCGCGCUGGUCUGGAUGAUCAGCGCCGCCAUCGGCAGCCCCAUCGUGCUGGGCCUCAACAACACGCCCGACCGCCGGCCCGACCUCUGCCUCUUCUACAACUCCGACUUCAUCAUCUACAGCUCCCUCUCCUCCUUCUACAUCCCCUGCAUCAUCAUGGUCUUCCUCUACUACAACAUCUUCAUGGCGCUGCGGAACCGCGCGAGGAAGGCGAAAGCGGCGCGGCGCCCCCUUCCGGCGGACAUAAAGCCCGGCUCGGUGAUCGAGAACCUGGCGCAGACCAGGCGGCUGGCCGAGACCGCGCUGGGGCCGCCCAACCUGCUGGGACCUGGCGGGGCGCCCACAACCACCGACGACGAGGAGCGGCCGACCAACACUGGCUCCGGCAGCCAGGAGGAUGAGGACUACAAGGAUGUGUCCCCCGGCUAUGAGGACUGCUGCCACGUCAUCCCCAACGACCGCUCUGCCGAGUUCAUCCUUGCCACUGUCGCUGAGGAGACCACAAAGUUCACCAUCUACAAGGUGAACCGCGCCAGCCGCAAGAAGCGCGACAAGUCCUCGGCCAGGAAAGAACGCAAGGCCACCAAGACGCUCGCCAUCGUUCUCGGCGUCUUCCUGGUGUGCUGGGUGCCGUUCUUCACGUGCAACAUCAUGGACGCGCUGUGCACGAAGCUGUCGGGCGACUGCUCUCCCGGCGUCACCGCCUUCAUUCUCACCACGUGGCUGGGCUACAUGAACAGCUUCGUCAACCCCGUCAUCUACACCAUCUUCAACCCUGAGUUCCGGAAGGCCUUCAAGAAGAUCAUGGCCAUCGACACGUAGCGCAGCUGGUCCACGUUCGCGUCGGUGUCGCCCGCCGACGUCGAACUGUGAAAAACCGUGUGGGGUCGGACUAGGGCCCUGCCGCACGCUCUGGUCAUACUAGGAUGUAUGUGCGACUCUCGCAGACAGUGAUGGGUGUGCCGGACAUGGCCUACUGCUAGAAUUAGACGCCUGUUUUAGACCACUAAGGUUUGUGUUUGUUGUCUG